AGUCCUGCGCGGGCAUGUGGUAGGGGGUUUUUCUUUUCAUUCCUGACGGACGAAUCCGUUCCUCACGCAAUUGGACAGUAGUCGUUCUACCGGCAACGUUACCGAUAGAGUUUCCGACGUCUUUUGCUCUCCAUCUGUUCGUCAAUUAUUUUUCAUCUAUCAACAUGGGCUGCGUGCAUAGUAAACAAGAGACAACCUCCACACCUUCUGUAUUCAAAGUUUCAAACGUUGAUAGCAAUGGUGUUGAAACUAGCCGAAUUCAUAUUGAAAUCACCGAACGCGAUUUGAUUUUGCACAAGCCAAAUGAAAGGGAUUCACUGGUUUGGCCAUUGAAAACAAUCCGACGUUACGGAUAUGAAGGCGUCAUGUUCUGCAUUGAAGUUGGCCGUUCAUCUGUUUAUGGUCAAGGAAUAUUUGCAUUUAGAUGUAAAGAUGCUAAGCUUGUUUUCAAUACUUUCAAAAAAGCAUUACAGAUCAACAAUUUAACAAAUUUGGCAUCAGAUAUGUCUCUUGAGUUACAUAAUAUUUGUCGUCCGUCGUUCACUCAAAGAAAUGCAUUUGACAAGAUUUAUGAUGAAAUCAGUUUUAGUGGUAUAAGUAAUAUCAGUGGGUCGAUUAAUAACAGCCAAUCACCAUAUCUUUCGCUGGAUUCAGAUUCUAUAACUCAACCACAAAAUAUAUAUGUAAACAUGUUCAACAACCACGAAGACAACAAUGAUCUCCAAUCUACUAACUCUGAUGAAUUAUCUAAGGACAAUCUUACAUACACUGAAGUGGAAAUAGUAGCUUGCAACAACCCGGUUAAAAAACCACCUACUCCUGCUGAAACACCAAUUUAUACAACUAUUGAUUUUAUCAGAACAAUGCAUUUGAGUAGUAGGAAAAUGUUUAAAUGUAAUGAUAAUACAGGAGUGAGAAAAACUAGACAUGAUUAUGAAUGAGUAUCUUACCUUUUAUUUUACCAUAAAGUACAAUAUACAUUUACCUAUUAACUUACUUUAG